AUGUACCAAAAUUUGUCAUUCAAUAUUUUUCUGAAUUUAAAAUUUAUUGCGCAGCUUGCUUGCUUCCUGGUUCUUGCGAUUUUACUAUUUGGGCGCUUCUUUCAAUGUUGGAUGGUUUACAACAUUUUAGUCAAAUUGAAUGCGUGCAAAAAGUCUUGGAUAAACAAUUUGCGAUCCGAUGCAUCUUUGGAUAAAAAUGGACGUCUUAUUCGAAUUGCACCUCUUUCUGUUCAAAUUAAUCAGCAAAUCACAACACAAGCUUCUCAUCAUGUUGUUGACACGCUCAGGUUGACACGCUUUGUGUUGUUGACACGCUUUGCUUUCCCGAAGGAACUUUUUUGA